ACCGGAAACGCCUUUGAAAAAAUAAUUGCACUUAUGGCGCCGCGUUAGCUCUAUCAUAAGCUAGCUAGUACCUAAGAUUCGCAACUAAUCGCUAUCAUAACUAAGUGCCACAUUAAGGAUAUAAGAUAACCGAAGGAACACCUAGUUGGCAAAGGAUUGACUGGUUGACAGGAGAAGAGUAAAUAGAAAACCUAUUGCAGUCAACUAUACCCAAAUGCUUACCCAGCUUCAACUCCCUACCGUCCCAGAAGAGGUCACUGCCUCCUGGCUUACGGAGGUACUGAAAAUUAAGGUCAAAUCGGCAGAGCUGAAGAAGGUCUUACCUGGCACAGCUACGAAGCUGUAUAUUAGCAUCCAAUACGAGGAUGAUAAGGCAGUCCUGCAAUCGGCUGACAUCUGUGUCAAGGGCGGGUUUAACCCAGCCUUCAUCGAGCAGGUGCCCUGGGUCGUCAUGAUAUUCCAGCGGGAGGUUGAAUUUUUCAACCGCGUCGCCCCGUCCCUCGGCCAUAUUGGGCUCCCCAAAGUUUGGUGGGCGGGGUAUAAUUCCAGGCAAGGCAUCGUGAUGAUGGACGACCUUUCCCAAAAGUGCGAAUUCGGAAGGCCGACGGAAGCGUGGACCGUUGCGCGGGCGCUUUCCGGUGUCGAACAGCUUGCGGCAUUGCACGCGUCGACGUGGGGUGUCAAGCCGGAGGAUUACCCCUGGCUCACGUCAGAUUACGACCAGGCCAUCCUCGUUUUGAUGCAGACAUUUGACGAAGUCGUUAAUGGCCCUGAUCGGCCAGUAGUGCACGGCUACUUGAAAGAUCAGAAGCGCGUCACCGAGGCUCUGAAGAAACACUAUGCCUUGAGAAACCCCAAGUUCCGAUGCCUGUUACAUGGCGACCCUCAUACUGGCAAUACGUAUCUCGAGAAUGGCGCGCCUCGAUUCCUGGACUGGCAGAUGAUCCAUAUCGGGUCAGCCUUCCACGACGUAGCCUACUUCAUCGGUGGCGCGUUAAGCAUCGAGGACAGGAGGACUCACGAAUACGAAAUCUUAGACCACUAUCUAGCCACGCUUGAGAAGUUAGGUGGUCCGAAAUUCUCGAGGAAGGAGGAGGACGUUCUGCAAGAGUAUCGCAAGUCAUUCCUAGCUGGAAUCGGCUGGAUCAUGUGCCCCUACGAGAUGCAACUUAAAGACUGUGUUGAUGCUAUGGCUCGGAGGUAUUCCGCAGCACUUGACGAUCACAAGACCCUAGAGCUCGUGGAGUCUCUGCCUGAUGUUUAACGUGAGCUACGGCAAGACGCAAGAGUUGCUGCAAUAGCUAAGAAAGAGAGCAUCCAUGCGCUAAAGAAACGGAAUUAGGACGCAAAGUGAUUGGAUUAAA